GGGUUAACUACACAGCUCUGGCCAGUGACAAAAAAGGGAGGCAACGUUUGAAUGCUGUGCUGCAGCAAGAAGGCGGGAAACAAGGAGAAAAAACAAAGGAAGGAAAGAAACUUAACCCAAACUCUGGAGUAAGAAACCUAAAAGCCCAUCAAGGCACACACGGGGCGGGCUCACCCGUCUGAAUAAAACCCUGUGCAGCACAGAGGGAAAGAUCUGUCUGAGUCCACAGAGCCCAGAGGAGAAACCUGACCAUGGAGGGACAGAAGCUGUCAUCCUACGGAAGACGCUUUGGCCCGUCAACUGGCUCUGUCCACCAGGCCUUGAGGUUCUCUCCUGGCCGCAGAUAUGUGCCUUCCAACCCCACCGCCCGCUUCUCUGUCACCAAGCUGAAGACAGCCAGCCUCAGCUUCCGUGCUGGCCCCAAAUACUCCCCAGACAAGGUGGAUUUCUCCUUGGCGGACGCCCUCAACACAGAGUUCAAGGAGACCCGCACCAACGAGAAGGUGGAGAUGAUGGAGCUGAAUGACCGCUUUGCCAGCUAUAUCGAGAAGGUCCGCUUCCUGGAGCAACAGAACAAAGUCCUGGUGGCCGAGCUCAACCAAGUCCGGGAUAAGGAGCCCACCAAGCUGGGGGACAUCUACCAGGAGGAGCUGAGGGAACUGCGCCGCCAAGUCGACCAGCUCUCCAGUUCCAAGGCCAGGCUGGAGAUCGAGAGGGACAAUCUCUUGGAGGACCUCAGCCAACUCCGGCAAAAGUUACAAGACGAGGUUAAUCUGCGCCUGGAAGCCGAAAACAAUUUGUCAUCCUACAGACAGGACGUGGAUGAAGCUGCGCUGGCCCGCAUAGACCUGGAGCGGAAAAUUGAAUCCCUGCAAGAGGAGAUCAGCUUUUUAAAGAAAGUGCAUGAAGAGGAGCUGCGGGAGCUGCUGGAACAGCUGCAGCAGCAGCAAGUCCACAUUGAGAUGGACGUGGCCAAGCCAGACCUGACGUCUGCCCUACGGGAGAUCCGCCUCCAGUAUGAGUCCAUGGCUUCCAACAACAUGCAGGAGACUGAGGAAUGGUACAAAUCCAAGUUUGCAGACCUGACCGAUGCGGCAGCUCGAAACAUUGAAGCCCUGCGACUGGCCAAGCAAGAGGCCAAUGAGUAUCGUCGGCAGCUGCAGGCCCUCACCUGCGACCUGGAGUCCCUGCGAGGCUCGAAUGAGUCACUCGAGAGGCAGCUGAGAGAGAUGGAGGACCGCUACGCCCUGGAGACAGCCAGCUACCAGGACACGGUGAUGCGGCUGGAGGAAGACACCCGGACGCUCAAGGAGGAAAUGGCUCGCCACCUCCAGGAGUACCAGGACCUCCUGAAUGUCAAGCUGGCCCUGGAUGUUGAGAUUGCCACCUACCGCAGGCUUCUGGAGGGAGAGGAAAGCAGGAUCACCAUCCCUGUGCAGACGUUCUCCAACCUUCAGAUCCGAGAAACGAGCCUGGACACAAAAUCUGUUUCUGAGGCCCACCUGAAGAGGAGCAUAAUGGUCAAAACGGUGGAGACCAGAGAUGGCGAGGUGAUCAAGGAGUCCACACAGGAGCACAAGGAGGUGGCGUGAAAGCAGCAGCCGCCCAGUAGAGGAGCUCGCCUGUAGCUGUAGGAUGCUAGCUAGGAGAACUUGCCUGCCUUCCAGCGCUUCCCUCCCAUGGCCCACCAACAGCUGGAUCAUCUGCAGCAGCCACACCAAACGUGCCCACGCUGGCAAGAGGCAAGGAAGCAAAUCUCAAGCUGCCUUCAGGCUUGUCAAUGCAGUGUUCUUGGGGGCCCAGCUCUUCUUCUGCCUCCUUCAAAUAGCAUUGUUGACUUCUCCAAGCAGCAGUUUAGACACUAGACCGUGCCUUGUCCAGAGAUCGCCUCUCUUGAUGCCAACAUUGGAUGCUUCUCAAUAAACCUACUAAUAAAUA